AUGGUGGAAUCAUGGCUGAAACCCUUUCUCCAGCACGCCUCCAGCAGCCCAUCUUCUGCUGAUUCCUCACCUUUAACCCCAUCCCUCACGUCCGCACCAAAUUCCGCCGCACCCGACUCCUCUCAACCCUCGGAUAGCCCACCCCACCGCUUUCCAUCGGGCUCUGUGCGCGCGGUGCACAUCUCGUGGAUCGAGUCAUGGCUGCUGUCGACACGACCCAUUCGAUCCUGGCUGCUCAGCAGCUUGCGUGGAGCUGAGGCCAAGCAGCACGCACGCCUGGCAGAUGCUGCUGAUUCAGAGGGCGUUGAUGGGGUGUUGACAAAUGUGUAUGCAUUUGGUGAUACAUGGGAGUUCAGAAAGAAACUGGGCAUCGUAAACAGGCUCACAGGUUAUGCAUUCCUCGUGGAUGCCAAAGGUCGUGUUCGGUGGCGUGCUUCAGGAACAGCCUCUGAUGAAGAAAUAUCUUGUAUGCUUUCUGCAACCCAUAAACUCAUGAAAGAAUGA